CUCACCAUUCACUCUAGACCCAAAUCAAUGAGUCUUCUCGUCUUCUUCACUGUUUUCUUUGGAGUUGUGCUUUCGCUCGUCGCCGGUUCACUGAAUCGGGUCGAGUACCAAACCCUGGUCGUGACCCGACUCGAGUCACCCACUCCUCUCCGGCCCGACGACGAGUUUCUCGCAUGGGUCGUAGACCCGAACACGUUAUCGGAUCUCGUUUCUGGAUCCGAACCCGCUACCUCCUUCCACGUCGGUCUCGCCCACCGUGACGCGCUUCACGCUGGGAACUCCUCUGGCGAGGAGCUCUUCAAACUCCGUCUCGACCGCGACGCCGCGCGCGUCGCGACCCUCGCCGCAAACAGGACGCGGCCGAAGGAUUUCAGUAGCUCGGUAGUGUCCGGGCUUGCUCAGGGGAGCGGUGAGUACUUCACCCGGCUGGGAAUCGGCACACCGCCGAGCUACGCCUUCAUGGUUUUGGACACCGGCAGCGACGUGGCGUGGCUGCAGUGCGCUCCCUGCCGCCGGUGCUACUCCCAGACUGAGCCCAUCUUCGACCCUCGCCGCUCUCGAACCUACGCCGCUGUCCCUUGUGCUGCCUCCCUUUGCCGCCGGCUCGACACCUCCGGCUGCGACACCCGCCGCGGCGCCUGCCUUUACGAGGUCUCCUACGGCGAUGGGUCCGCCACCAUGGGGGACUUCUCCAUUGAGACUCUCACAUUCCGCAGCGGUGCUCGCUUACCUCGUGUCGCUCUUGGCUGUGGUCACGACAACCAGGGCCUCUUCGUCGCCGCCUCCGGCCUUCUCGGUCUCGGUCGUGGUCCUCUCUCCCUCCCCUCUCAAGCUGCCUCCCGCCUCUCACGCCGCUUCUCCUACUGCCUCAUAGAUCGCACUUCCCCAUCCUCCAAACCCCCAUCCCGCUCCUCCUCCCUCAUCUUCGGCGCCUCCGCCGUUCCCCGAGCAUCCACAGGGGUGGCCUACACUCCGAUGAUCCGAAACGCUAAGAUGGACACCUUCUACUACGUGGAUCUCAUCGGGAUCAGCGUCGGCGGGGCUAGGGUUCCGGGGGUGGAGCUAAAGCUAGAUCGAACAUCAGGGAGGGGAGGAGUCAUCGUGGAUUCGGGGACGUCAGUGACGCGGCUGGCGAGGCCGGCGUACGAGGCCGUCCGUGACUCGUUCAGGGCGGGGGCAUCAGAGCUGAAGGCAGCGCCAGGAGGGUUCUCACUGUUCGACACGUGCUACGAUCUCACAGGGAAGUCGGUGGUGAAGGUUCCCACGGUGACGCUGCACCUAGCCGGCGGCGCAUCCGUGGCGCUGCCGGCGGAGAACUACUUGAUCCCCGUGGACACGAAGGGGACCUUUUGCUUCGCCUUCGCUGGGACGGAGAGCGGCGUCUCCAUCAUCGGAAACAUUCAACAGCAAGGAUUCCGGGUUGUCUUCGACGCCGCGAGGUCGCGGAUCGGGUUCUCUCCUCGCGGGUGCUGAAAACGGAUCUUGAUCCGGAUCCGUUUUCAUUUUUCGAAUUUUCUUUUUAACGGGAGGGAAAAAAAAAUAUUCCGGAGAAUGCGAUGUUUCUUAAAUUUUCUGAUAAUAUGCGUUUUAAUUAA